AUGGCGCCAAACGCAGCAAAAGCAGGCAGAAACAAGAAUGGAGGAACGCGAAGGCGAAGGGAAGAAGGCGUCUCCAAGCCAACUAGAAAGCAAACCAUAGAGCGGAAGAACCAAUUGAGCCAGAGGAAGAACUCUCAAUCUCAAAUUCGAGAUUCACAAAGAAAAAAGCUAAAGGAUAUCCAGAAAGAGAUCAAUGCGACAAGAGCCCUCAUAGAUGAGGAAGAGGAUGAGGGAAAACAGGGCAAGUUUGAAGUAUUAUUGAAAGAAUUGCUCUCGAGCUACGAGCAGACCGAUAUGGAUUUGGCAGCCAUCGAAUCAGAUCUCAUGGACAUUGACACAGAUCUCAAGAAGAUUGACCAAGGCGAACCAAUGGAUGUCGAUGGGACCGAAGAUGAAAACAGCGGGGAUGGACCAGAUAACGAAAAUGAAAGCAACGGGAAUUUAGAGCGACAUCAGCAAACCGAACUUGCAGACCAACCAGAAACCGACAUAAUUUCGUAUAGUUCGGGCUUGUCUGGUACCGCGGACCCUAAACACAGGAGCCUCAAUGACACCGAUAACAGCCACGAUGACUUGGCAAGCCAGAAGCCCCCACCUAAGAGCCAGCCACUCCCUGAUGCUGAGGUGAAUUCCAGCGAAUUGUUUGUUGGCCAGACCGAGCCACCUACUAAGAUCCAGGGUGCAAGCCAACCGAAAGACGAAAGACCCAAAGAUUAUCAAGAUUAUGUCUUUGGCCCGACUUUGGACAACGACGAUGGCCCAAGUGAGCAACUAUUUGAAAACGGCACAGUCACUUUGAAGAAGAACGCUCGGAGUGGAUUUGAUUACCUUAAUUCAUAUGGACCCUUGAAUAGUGCGAUGACCAUUUGGAGCUCGAGCGCGGCUUCUAAUGAAGUGCAAGGAUGCACGUACCUCAAAGGUGAUCCUCACAACAAAGCUAUGCUCGAAGAUAAGACAGGAAAGGUCUUGUACAAAGGCAUGAUUCGCAACAUUAAGAAAGUUGCCUGGCAACCCAGGCGGGAAGGAAGUACGAUGUUGGAUUUACUGGAGUCGGUGGAGGAAUUGAAUCCUGAAGUCAAGAAAACAAACCCAAAAUAUGUCUUCCCAUUCACUACCGUACUUGUUGACUGGAAGCAGGGGGUCGAUCUGCCGCCUCUUUGGAUCAGCCGCUCAAACUACAAGAGACUUAGCAGUUCAGCUAAGAAAGAAAGUAUAAGAACCGAUCGAAGAAUCUACGCGGUAGCUUUAGUUCAAGUGAAGAACUACAGGAACUGGGCAGGAAGGCAACUUGACAACAAGUGGGCAGGAGAGAGAAGAUUAGGCUUAGAACAAAGCCCUACUCCAUUUCCAGAAACAUUAGAGACAGGACAGGUUUUGCUUCGUGGGCAGGACCACCAAGCCGAAAACGCAAAAAGCGAAAGCUACCAGGACCAGCGAACUGAAGGCCAAAGCAUGGAACGCGAGCACAGCCAAGCCCAGAACAAUGCAACAAGUUCUACGAACCCUCCGAAAUCCGAAGGCUCUCAGCAAACCUUUAACAGAAAGAAGUUUUUGAGCGACAUCUUGGAUAUGAUUAAUGAUUUUAAUACUCUUCCGCUGGAAGAACAAAUGAAAAUGCGCACUCUUGCGCUGGCCCAAUACGAUCUCUAUAAGCGAAAAAUGGAAGAAGGCGGUGCCAAGGAAGAGACGGUCUAA